CAGGAGAAAAAUACUCUGAAAAAACCCCGGAAAAACGCGAAGGCAGAGUCUCUGCAAGUCCUCCGCCAACCCCCAUCUAUCCCCGUCCCGUCCCGGAUCCACACCACCGCCGCGAUGCCGGCGUUCAAGGCCCCGGCGCCGGGCUUCUCCGUCCGCUUCAGCCCGUUCCACGAAAACCGCCUCCUCGCCGCCACAUCGCAGCACUUCGGCCUCGUCGGCAACGGCCACCUCCUCGUCCUCGACCUCUCCGCCGCCGGCCCCGGCGGCCCCGGCCUGGCUCCGCUCUUCUCCUUCCCCACCUCCGACGCGCUCUUCGACUGCGCCUGGUCCGAGUCGCACGACUCCCUCUGCGCCGCCGCGUCGGGGGACGGCUCCGUGCGCCUCUUCGACGUCACGCUCCCGCCCGCGCAGAACCCCGUCCGCCUCUUCCGGGAGCACGCGCGGGAGGUCCACGGCAUCGACUGGAACCCCGUCCGCCGCGACGCCUUCCUCUCCGCCUCCUGGGACGACACCCUCAAGCUCUGGUCCCCCGACCGCCCCGCCUCCGUCCGCACCUUCCGCGGCCACGAGUACUGCGUAUACGCCGCCGCCUGGUCCGCGCGCCACCCGGACGUCUUCGCGUCCGCGUCCGGCGACCGCACGGCGCGCGUGUGGGACGUGCGCGACCCGGCGCCCACCCUCGUCAUCCCGGCUCACGACCACGAGGUGCUCUCCCUCGAUUGGGACAAGUACGACCCUUCCAUCCUAGCCACCGGCUCCGUUGACAAGUCCAUCCGCGUCUGGGACGUCCGCUCGCCGCGUGCGCCCCUCGCCCAGCUCGCCGGGCAUGGGUACGCCGUCAAGCGCGUCAAGUUCUCGCCGCACCGGCAGGGCAUGCUUAUGUCCUGCUCCUAUGACAUGACGGUCUGCAUGUGGGAUUACCGGAAAGAGGAUGCCCUGCUUGCCAGGUACGCCCACCACACCGAGUUUGUAGCCGGGAUAGACAUGAGCGUGCUCACCGAGGGGCUGCUCGCAAGCACUGGGUGGGAUGAGAUGGUUUAUGUCUGGCCAUUUGGGAGUGAUCCCAGAGCAAUGUAACACAACACAUUUUGGUACGUCAAUCUGUAUCAUGUCUGUCUAGUGUUACAAUUGGUUAUACUAAUACGUGGAAGUGAACACCUCGUGAGUUGAGGUUGGAAUAAUGAUAUCAUUGUUGGCUUCGCAAAUUGUGUAAGUUCUCUC